GCCUCCCGUUCGCCUCCCUCGCCAUGCCAUCGCGAUCUGCGCGCAACGAAGCAGCGGAAGCGCUUGAGCAGGCCUUCCUCAUCGACUGGAUUGCUGAGCUGGAACGUCACACGCUGGAUUAUGACGACGACUGGGAUAGUGACGAUGAUCUGGACUCAUCGGACAUCUCGAGUGGCUCCUCAGACUCUUCCAGCUCAUCCUCGUCCUCGUCCUCAUCCGAUGACUCAGAUAUAGACAUGUCUGACGAGGAUCUCACUGCUGCUGAGGCAUACAUGAAGAAAAUGGAGGAGCUCUACAGCCAUCGCUAUCUGCAGGAGCGCCAGCGGAUCCCGAAGUCAUCGGAACUCCUCCACAACCUCUUGAACGAGUACAAGGUCCAUCGCCCAGAGAUCUUCCGCUCGUACCUUCGGAUCUCGCCUGCUUGUUUCGAUGCCCUCCUGGCAGUUAUCGAAGAUGAUCCCGUCUUCCAUAAUAAUUCGAACAACAGCCAGAUGCCUGUCGCACAUCAACUAGCCAUCGCGCUAUACCGCUUCGGUCACCAUGGCAACGCAGCAAGUGGCCUCAAGGUUGCUCUGCUCUUUGGCGUGGGGUAUGGAACGAUUAAUCUCGUUACCUCCCGUGUCAUCAAGGCGGUGUGCGGAGAGCGUUUCCGCACCGCAGCACUGCAGUGGCCUGGUGAUGCGGAAAAGGAGAAGGCAAAGGACUGGGUUGAGAAUGUGUCAUGCCCAGCUUGGCGGGAUGGCUGGCUGAUGGUCGAUGGAACUCUGAUACCGCUCUUCCGCCGUCCGGGUCACUUCGGUAACACGUUCUACGACCGAAAGUCCAACUAUUCGCUCAACGUCCAACUGGUGUCGACACCCGAUUGCAUGAUCAUUGAUUACGCUAUCGGUCUUCCUGGAAGCCAGCACGAUGCCACAGCGUGGGAGCAGACCCGUAUUGCCAAUCAACAUGAAGUUCUUCUUCGAGAAGAGGAGUGGGUCUGGGCAGACACUGCAUACCCUCUUCGUAAAUGGUGCCAAUCACCAUACAAGAAG